CGUAUAUGGCACAAUAACAACAAGUCUUUAAAUUUAUUAAAUCUUUUAUCUUUGCUGCUGCCUGUGAGCUUUAAAUCGUAGCGUCCCUUUCGAAAGUCCCCACCGAGUGCGAUAAAUUCAGUUGUGACCAAGAGACUGUACGUGGAGGGCCGUGAAAAGGCUAUAAUUAUCGCUUUUCAGUUAGUGGCCCUACUAGCAACAACAACAACCAGCCAAUAACACAUCAUCUUUUAAUCCAUUUUACGGAAAACGUCACUUAACCCAACGAAAGCGAUGCGAUUAACCCGCUAAUCUCGGCGAAGAUGCGCGGAAUUGAGGGCAAAGUGGUUGUUCUAGGCUCGCGAGGUGUGGGCAAAACCCGUUUGGUCAUCAGGUACAUAAAGAACACCUUGCACCGGAGUGAGAGCGAGGUCCCCACGAUAGCCGUGUCCUUCUUCACGUGCAACAUCAUCCUGGACGAGGUCAAAAUUAAAUUGCAAAUUUGGGACACAGCUGGCCAGGAGCGAUAUAGGGCGGUGGCGCCCAUGUAUUAUAGAAAUGCCAAUGCCGCCAUUCUGGUCUUCGAUCUGACGCAAUACAAGACCUUCACGGAGAUCAAGUCGUGGAUUCAGGAGCUGCAUCGCAAUGUUCAGGACCCGAUGAUACUGACGCUGGUGGGAAACAAAAUGGAUAUGCAGCAGCAGCGAGCGGUGUCCAGGGAGGAGGCCUUUGUGUUUGCCACCUCCAUUGGGGCCACCUACUUCGAAACCUCCACGGAAACGGAUCAGGGACUGGAGCAGGUGUUCAUCUCCACGGCCCAGGGAUUGGUUCGCCUGGCGGACGAGGGCAAGAGUCCCUCGCUGCGCUCCUUUGAGUCGAGUGAUUCGCUGGCCUACACCAACACCAACACUGCCUUCAGCCACACGGUGGCCGCCUUGGCCAGAAGCCCGGGAAACGCUGCCUUUCGGCUGCCCUACGUUGAUAUAGGAUUGGCGGUGGAGGGCGAGGAUGUGAAGACCAAUGGUGUGGGACGGCUGGAGACGGCGCCCUGGAGCAUUGAGCACAUUGCCCUCGGCGAGGUGGAAAGGCCCAGUUGGUGCUGCUACUAAGAUCUACAUAUACGAUCCCUAGGAUCCAUCUCUGUGAAAGAACCAAUGUGAUGUCGUUAACAGAAGCAGACUGUAGUUCGAAUACGGCCAGUUCAAGGGCCAACCAGCAUCGUUUAAGCAAUGACCCAACCCAACUCUAGAUAUGCAAAGACCAAAACCAGCCGACACAAAAGCAAGAAGCAAACUUGGCUUGAAGCUAUGUAUUAAUACACUGAUUAGGCUAGAUCCACGAUCCACCCAAUCCACUGACAAGGCGCUGGGAUUGUCCGCUUCAUUGUAAUCUUAACUCUAGAUCCUAAGUGUAUACAGCAAUUGCCGCGUGCAUAUUAUGACUCUAUAUAUUUUUGUCUCGCUCUAAGCCCAUUUGACUUACCAAUCAUAAGAUUAACUUACACAAGAACAGGGAACAACACUCACCAAACACUCAUUCACAAAACAUUUGAACCCAAAACACCAAUUCAUGUACAAAGCAUUUUAUACUGCAUGCAUAUAGUAAAUAUAAAUGUAAUAAUGUA